UGCCAAGCGCACCCUUAUUUUACCCAAAAUCGGGUAGUAAUAACAUAACUAAAAUAACCCCGUCUUCACUCUUUCUCGCUCUCUCUGUCCAAAACCCCUACAUCAUCUUAAACCCUCAAACAAUGUGGAAAUAAAAAUCAAGCGACACUAAUCAUCCAUUAACAUUCAGAGUUACAAUGAUUUAGAGAGUUGGGUUUGUGUUGGAUUCACGAUUACAUUCAGAGAAACUAGCGAUUUGCUGAAAAUUGAAGAGAAAGCUGCUGUCUAUAUUGAUUUGUGUCUGUUUUGGAGAAUGUGUUUGUAUUGAUUUCGAAAUUGCAGGUUCAAAGAGAUCUGAAUACAACAGCAAAACGAUCAUAUCUGAGUUACCAGAUGCACGUACAAUCAGUGCUCGAUAAAAUGCCUAACCCAAAAAUCCUGAUCCACCAGGUCUUUUGAUUAGAAGGAAAUUUUGAAGUUGAGAAUGGACAUGGAGCUUGAGGCUGAUUUGGGCGAGUAUCAUGACUGAAGUACAAGCACACAUUUAGUGCUUGACAAAAUGCCUGAACCACAAUCAGGUCUUCUCGACCUCAACUGAACCAAAAAGGCACUGCUACCAGAGUCUGCAGGAUUAUGUUCCAAAGGAUUAGAAGGAAAUCUUUAAAUUAAGAAUGGACAAGGAGUUUGAGGCUGUUUUGGGGCAAAUCAUGACUGAAGUACAAGCACACAAUGACGCGGCUGAAUAUGUACUGUGCUGCCAUCCCAUCAAUCUGUGCAAAAGAGAAGGUUUGUUCCAGCAGAUAAAAGAUGAAGAAGGUGAAGGAUGCAAUAUCUAUGGGUUCUUGGAAGUAAAUAAAGUAGCUGGGAAUUUUCACUUUGCUCCUGGGAAAAGCUUUCAUCAGUCAAAUGUCCAUGUGCAAGAUUUGCUGGCUUUCCAGAAGGACAGUUACAAUAUAAGUCACAAAAUCAACAAAUUGUGUUUUGGAGAAUACUUCCCCGGAGCUGUGAAUCCUCUUGAUGGGGUGCAAUGGAUGCAAGAAGUGCCGAAUUGAAUGUAUCAGUAUUUCAUCAAGGUUAGUAUUCAUAAUGACUUCACCCCUACAUUAUAAUGGCACACACGUGAAUUGCACGUGUACAGUAAAAAAGGGGUUUAUUUUGGGGGUGAAAUAUAAAACCCCCUAAACCUAUAACGACUUUUUAACUCUGUCUACUUCCCCCCUCUCCCUGUUUCAAGAUACUCUGUUUUUCCCCGGUUUCAGAGAGAUCAUAACCUAAAAAAAAAUCUUAUAAACCAAAACCCAACUCAUCUUCAUCAAAAACUUUUGAUUGACACAUAACACCCAUAUCUUAGAGAGACCUUUUAAACAAUCUCACUUCAAGAAUCAUCCUUCUAUGGAUGAUCAUUGUCCAUUAUUUCUACAUACAGAUAGAAAUUUACAGGGAAAAAAUUUGAUUCGUGAGUGAUUUUACUGUGUUUUCCACCAAUGGAUAAAGGGAAAGCUAAGAUGGUUGAAGAAGAGAUAGAAAAGGAGGAGGAAGAAGCUCCAAUGGAUGUUGAUGGUGAUGAAUCAAAACAGGGUAUUGAAGAGUUUGGAGUUCAGAGUAGUAAUCAAAGUGCAUUAGAUACAGUGAAUUCGUUGCAGAGUUCUUCACC